AUGGGAGGAGGCAACCGAAUUCCACCAAUGAAUAGCCAGAAGGUGGCAUCUGAUCCGGGCCAGAAUUUAUACCUCCAUGCGGUGGUCGAUUUGGGCAGUAAUGGCAUCCGUUGUUCGAUCUCGGACCUCUCCCACCCAACCACCCGUGUCAUCCCUACUGUACAUUAUCACCGGGUCAACAUCUCGCUCUACGAGGCUCAAGUGGAUCCCGACUCAGGCAGCCGAAUCCCCAUUCCGCAGCAUGUCAUCGACCGAAUCGUUAGUGCCAUAGUUCGUUUCCAGAUUGUCUGCGUGGAGAUUGGAGUUCCCGCUCAGAACAUUCGGAUCAUCGCUACGGAAGCAACUCGAACUGCUAUCAAUGCUUCUGCGUUCAUGGACGCCAUCCGCCAUGAAACCGGGAUUUCGGUGGAAGCAUUACGAAAGGAGGAGGAGGGAGUUAUCGGGGCAUGGGGCAUUGCCAGCAGCGUUUCAGACGUGGAGGGACUUGCGCUUGAUUUGGGGGGUGGUAGCAUGCAGAUGACUUGGAUCACAUCGCACGCGGGCAACGUGCAUAUGAGUUCCCAAGGAUCGGUCAGCUUUCCGUACGGAGCAGCUGCGUUGACCCAGAAACUCGCAGACCUCGAACGGGGCAAAAGCAAAGAGGAAGCGCACAAAGCUCGGGAGCAAUUUCGCGGGGAAAUGGCGGGCAACUUUCGCGCCGCUUUUGAUACCCUCAAUGUCCCUGAACAGCUCGUUCAAAGAGCCCGAGAGCAAGGGGGGAUUUCCUCUUUACCUCUCAGGGGGAGGAUUUCGGGGAUGGGGCUAUCUUCUACCAAAGGCCAAAGUUACCCUAUUUCGAUUAUUAAUGGAUAUACCGCACCUAAGAAAGACUUCGAGGAUACCGAGGCUCUCAAAGAGGUGGCUCGGACGGCACACGAAAUCUUUCGUGUCUCAGACCGGCGACGCAAGCAAGUGCCCUCGGUGGCGUUCUUAGUCAAGACCCUGGCUGAAUCAUUACCGCAUGGAAUCAAAGAAGCCCAUUUCUGCCAAGGUGGAGUACGGGAAGGAGUGCUGUUCCGUGAGAUGCUCCCGGUUGUCCGCCAGCAGGAUCCCUUGGAGGUUGCCACGGCCCGUUAUGCGCCCUCGUCGGCCGAGGCACUGGCCGCUUUAUUGUUGGCGGCCCUCCCUCGACCAUCUGCUAGCCGAUCGUUCCCGUCUUCCAUCAGCCUUCACCUUGUCCAGGCCUUUGCCAAUGCCCUUUAUUAUCACGCCACAAUGUCCAAAGAACUCUCCUCUAGUGCCGCACUAUAUAGCACUAGCACUGGGAUCCUAGCCUCCACACAUGGUAUUCCACAUGACCACCGUGCUCUCCUGGCACUAAUGCUCCAGGAGCGUUACGGCGGAGAAUUGCCACCCAGAGACGUGGAAUUUAAGACCCACCUCCAGGCAAUCUUGACACGAGAGGAGGUUUGGUGGACGCGGUAUCUUGGCAAACUAGGCUUCGUCCUCGGCCAACUGUACCCAACCGGUUCUAUCGAUACCUCCAAGCCUCGAAUUAUCCCCUCGGCACAAUGGAAGAAUGGGUUAGGGAAGAAGGGCAAGAAAGAAGGCCUGGAUUUGACAAUCUCUAUUCAAAAAAGCUCGAAAAAUGAUGUGCAGAAAAUCGAGAAGGUGGGAAAGCGGAAGAAUUGGAUUGGUGGAAGAAAUGGCUGGGGCAUCAAAGUGCGUGUCUCAGUGAUAGAAGAGGAUUUAGUGGCUCGGUGA